AUGCACAAGUCCGCCGAAUCUGCCGUUGCAGGGCUCAAAGACUCGCGAACCUGCCAAAAUAACGUCGAAUCCCAGCGACAGGAGGACCGUAUUAAGCAAUUGGUUCGUUUCAAAGCACCAACCACCGCGGCGGUGGCGGACAAUCUUCUCAUAGAGACGCGUCGGCGAAACACCGAGCCCUUUGUGCCAGGAGUAAUGAGCCUGAAGAUUCUCAUAAGGCACGCUGACAAGAUGGUGCUUCUUGAGAAGGGCAGAAAGGCUCAAGACACCUAG